UGCAAGCCGCACCUUCGCCGGGUGGAGCUUGUGAACGUGGGAACGUUGGUGGGCUGCUGCUGUUGCUGCUGGAGUGAAAAUUGUUUGACAGGGAGGUGAGGCGACCUGUGCACGGGGGACUCGCAGGAGAAGUUAGUUUUUACCGUGGCGUUAGCCGGCUUUUUGAGUCAGCGGGAAGGCGAGACUCGGGGGCGACAAAUGGUUCGUUCGAGUGUAAGCAACAGGGCUCAGAGCGAAAUGUCAGGCAGUGUUUCAGCGUUGGACAGCGGGAAGCGCGACUAGUACACCGCAACGCGGAAAAUAUUCAGAGGGGAGAGAGAAUGCGAAUGGUGCGAAGAUACCGAAAUCAAACAAAAUGGAAACGAUGUAGCGUCGCUGCGGCAUUUCAUAUAGCUAGAACUAACGUUAGAGUAAAGAAUAGAUAGCCAAGGAGCUAGCACGUUUACUAACAUACAUGUAAAGUUAUUCACCAGAGGAACUGAAGCAGAGCCCGGAGGCGUCUGUUGAAUCUGAAGAGUUCAUCAGCAUUGUGAAAUAAAAGGAAAAAAAGAUGCUACGGAGAAGACUGAACCGUUGGUUUGGUGGUGAGGACAGAAGAGUAGACAGUAGGACUAUCUAUGUUGGUCAUCGGCCGUGUCCUGCCAAUGAAGUUUUCAUCCCACCCAAGUUCUGCGAUAACAGGAUUGUGUCCUCCAAGUAUACAGUAUGGAACUUCCUACCAAAGAACCUGUUUGAACAAUUUAGAAGAAUUGCCAAUUUCUACUUCCUUAUCAUCUUCCUGGUGCAGGUGAUAGUGGAUACCCCCACCAGCCCAGUCACCAGUGGCCUACCAUUAUUUUUUGUGAUUACAGUAACUGCUAUCAAGCAGGGAUAUGAGGACUGGCUGCGGCACAAGGCUGACAAUGAGGUGAAUAAGUACCGAGUGACAGUGCUAGAAGACGGCCGGAGGAUACAAAAAGAGAGUGAGAAGAUCAAGGUGGGAGAUGUUUUGGAGGUGGACGAAGACGAGACCUUUCCCUGUGAUUUAAUAUUGCUGCAGUCUAGCCGAGAUGAUGGCACAUGUUUUGUUACCACAGCAAGUCUGGAUGGAGAAUCUAACCAUAAAACACACUACACAGUGCCAGACACGGAGCGCGAUGUGGAAUCUCUCAACGCCACCAUUGAGUGCGAACAGCCACAGCCUGACCUUUACAAGUUUGUUGGUCGUAUGCACAUCUACAAAAACAAUGAGGAGCCUACGCUGAGGUCACUGGGCCCAGAAAACCUCCUGCUGAAAGGAGCAACUUUAAAGAACACUCAAAGCAUCUGUGGUGUUGCAGUUUACACCGGCAUGGAGACAAAGAUGGCUCUUAACUACCAAGGAAAAUCUCAGAAACGCUCUGUUGUGGAAAAGUCUAUCAAUGCCUUCCUUUUGGUUUACCUUUGCAUAUUGGUGAGCAAGGCCUUAGUGUGUACUACGCUUAAGUAUGUAUGGCAGAGCAAGCCUGGACAGGAUGAGCCCUGGUACAACGAGAAAACUCUGAAAGAAAAGGAAACCAAUCGGUACCUUAACAUGUUCACCGACUUCCUGUCCUUCAUGGUGCUCUUCAACUUCAUCAUUCCAGUGUCCAUGUAUGUGACCGUUGAAAUGCAAAAGUUUUUGGGAUCGUUUUUCAUAUCCUGGGAUAAAGAUUUCUUUGACAGUGAAAUUGAGGAAGGGGCACUGGUCAACACCUCGGACCUCAAUGAAGAGCUGGGACAGGUGGAGUACGUCUUCACAGACAAGACGGGGACCCUAACUCAGAAUAACAUGGAGUUCAUAGAGUGCUGCAUUGAUGGCCACCAAUACAAGUACAGGGACGCGAGCUCGGAAGUGGACGGAUUCUGCGUUACAGAUGGACCUAUGAACACAGUACAACAGAAAGCUGGCAGGGAAAGGGAAGAGCUGUUUCUACGUGCCCUGUGCCUGUGCCACACAGUCCAGGUAAAGGAGUCUACAGAGCAGGGUCAAGGUCAAGAGGAUGGACGGAUAGACCAGGUGGAUGGAUUAAUGGUAGAUGGACAAGUGGUCCCUCCACUGCAGGAGCAGAGGGGCUUUAUAGCCUCCUCACCUGAUGAGAUUGCUUUGGUCCAGGGUGCAAUGAGGUACGGCUUCACAUUUCUUGGCCUCGAAAGUAAAACCAUGAAAAUUCUCAACAGGACAAAUGACGUUGAAAUGUAUGAAUUGCUUCAUGUGUUGAACUUUGACCCAGUCAGAAGGCGAAUGAGUGUAAUUGUCAGAUCAAUAUCAGGUGAAACACUGCUUUUUUGUAAGGGAGCCGACUCCUCCAUCUUCCCCCGAGUCAAACAGGAGGAAGUUGAAAAGAUACGCAUGCAUGUGGAGCGUAAUGCAACAGAUGGUUACCGAACACUGUGUGUGGCCUACAAACAUCUCACCCCUGAGGAGUAUGACCAGGUAGAUUCAGGAUUAAGGGAAGCUAGACUGGCUCUGCAGGACAGAGAGGAGAAGCUCAUGGCUGUUUACAACCAAGUGGAGACUGGAAUGAAUCUAAUUGGAGCUACUGCUGUUGAAGAUCGUCUUCAAGAGGAGGCAGCAGAGACUAUGGAGGCUCUGCAGGGAGCAGGCAUUAAAGUGUGGGUCUUAACAGGAGACAAGAUGGAGACGGCCAAGUCCACCUGCUAUGCUUGCAGAUUGUUCAAGAGGAACACAGAGCUGUUGGAGCUAACAGUGCGUACUUUAGAGUAUCCAGGAAAGAGGCGUGAGGACCGACUGCAUGACCUCUUGCUCGAGUACCACAAGAAAACUGUACAGGAUGCACCACCAGCAAAGACACGCGUUGCCAGGAAUUGGUCCAGCCAGGAUUUUGGUUUUAUCGUAGAUGGAGCCACUCUGUCGAUGGUGCUCAACUCAUCCUCUGAAAACAACUUACAUGACUAUAAGGACCUAUUUCUGCAGAUUUGUCAAAACUGCACGUCUGUGCUCUGCUGCCGCAUGGCUCCCUUACAAAAGGCACAGAUAGUUAAAAUGGUGAAGAACUCCAAAGGCAGCCCAAUCACCCUUUCUGUUGGAGAUGGAGCCAAUGAUGUCAGCAUGAUUUUGGAAGCUCAUGUUGGCAUUGGCAUUAAGGGGAAAGAGGGUCGACAGGCGGUGAGGAACAGUGAUUAUGCCAUCCCCAAACUCAAGCACCUCAAGAAACUUUUGUUGGCACAUGGGCAUCUCUACUAUGUUCGCAUUGCACACCUGGUGCAGUAUUUCUUUUAUAAGAAUCUUUGCUUCAUCUUACCACAGUUUUUGUACCAGUUCUUCUGCGGCUGUUCCCAGCAACCCCUGUAUGAUGCGGCGUAUCUGACGAUGUACAACAUCUGCUUCACCUCUAUGCCCAUCCUGGCUUACAGUCUUUUCGAACAGCACAUUUCCAUUGAGAUGCUCCUGGAAAACGCUACCCUCUACAGACAGAUUGGUAAGAAUGCGAUGUUACGGUGGGGACCAUUUCUCUACUGGACAUUACUGGGAGUCUUCCACGGCUUGGUCUUCUUCUUUGGUGUUUGGUUUUUGUUCAGCAACCCAGCCCUGCAGGAUAAUGGCCAGGCUUUUGGGAACUGGUCAUAUGGAACGAUUGUAUUCACCAUCCUUGUUUUCACUGUAACACUAAAGUUGGCUCUGGAUACACGGCACUGGACAUGGAUAAACCACUUUGUGAUAUGGGGUUCCCUGGCUUUCUAUGUGUUUUUCAGCUUCUUCUGGGGAGGAGUAAUAUGGCCUUUCCUGAGACAGCAACGGUUAUACUUUGUGUUUGCCAACAUGCUGAGCUCGGUGUCAGCCUGGCUGGUCAUCAUCGUGCUCAUCCUGCUCAGCCUAUUGCCAGAAAUCCUCUACGUGGUGCUCCGCAAGCCCCGCGGCCCUUACGCUCGACAGAAGAAGCUGGUUCAGUCAAGCGCAGGGGGCAUCCAGUCACCCCGGUCUUCAGCCAGGCCCCUGCUCAUGAGAACCUUUUCAGAUGAGUCCAGUACUGUCAGUUAAACAGCCAUCAUUGGAACCCCUCCUACAAUCAUCAAGAUUGCAGCAGUAAUGCCACUAUCGUACAAGCAUCUAAAGGAGCGCGACUAAAAGGCAUCAAGGACUCAUAACAGUCACGUCAACCUCAUUCAGGGUCCCGUUCCAAGGAAGAACGUCUGCCAUCUGAAAGGAGGAGAUGGAAAAAAAUCAGAAGAAACACGUUCUGUCUUUGAGAGGGUUUAAAAGUCUUUUGACUUGUGUGUCUCCUUCUCCGUCCUUCACUGUCCAACCUCAAAAAGCAGCCAUCUCUCAUGCAUGCUUACAGAGCAGUGCUCUACAUUCUUUUAUACAGUAUGUACUUAGACCCCAGGCAUGAGUUUUUUUUUUCAUUUUUUUGUACCUUACUAUAGAAACGAAUGCAUACAUGGCUGCCUUGUCAGUAGCUCUAUUCAACUGCUGUUUCAACAAGCAGCUGAAAUAUCCACUUCAAGAAUGCUAAAUGUGCAUGAAAGAAGGCUCAAAAGAACACACAACUCCACCAACGUUUGGUCUCUGCAAUCUACAAGCUUUUUUACUAUAUUAUCAACAGUUUCAGAGGUUAUUCUACUUUAUUGGUAUCACACUUUUCAACUGUUAAGUUUUAAAUUGUUUAAAAUAUUUUAGUAAACACACUCAUCAACAGAUCCAAAUCAUUUGGGAUGAGAAGUUACUGAAUGUGAUUUCAGCCCAGCUCAGAUCAGCUUAAAGACUGUUAGAAUGGUUUUCUGGUUGUAGAUGUUUAUUUGUAUCUAGUAAUGCCAUUUAUAUUGAAUACUAAGCUAUGAGGGGUCAGCAGAGGUCAUAUCAACCCUCAGUCCAAAAACUGUGUGUGUUUAUGUAAGGCUAAGAAAUGCAUUAGAGAUUUUAAGCAUAUUCUGACAAUGAGACAUUGCUUGGAGCGUCACCUCCAAUAUUCCAACCUCAGAGAUAAUUUAAGAGAGUCAAAUUUGAAUGAGAAAUUUAAUAUAUGUGCAGUAGUAUAGAGAUAUAUUGUUAGCAUCUGCUCGAAGCCAAAAACAUGAACGCAAUGCGAUCAGAGUCUGUCCGCACUCACGUGCCCUAAAAGUGAUGUUUUGUUGUAUGCGCGUGACACAAGUGUACGGCAAAUGCACUGGGUGAGAAUAGCCACAAAUGCCUGUGUGUAAUGUAAACCAGGAUUACUUGAACCUUACUGAUGUAGUUCUGUUAGACAUUUUCUGCACUAUUAAGGAAACUGGUUUAUGCAUUGUGUAGAUGGUCACCAAGGCACAUGAAUAUAUGCCUGAGCACGCACAUAUCAGAGAAGAACAUUACACGAAGAGUAACCACCUUACACAUAAAGUCACACGUGUACUAGAGCCUAAAUGAGGUAUUUGUAUUCUUACCCAUUUACAAGUUUGCUUAUUUUGUCUCAGUCAGGCUGAAGUUGGGGAUUAAAGAAAACCAGCUCCAGAUCGGAAUAGUUAAUGCCACUGUGAGACUACUCUCUGGAGUGGACCGUUUGGCCCUUUGUUUCUUCCUUUAACUUGUGUGUAGCGCUUCAUACAUUCCAUUUAAACAUAAUUACAUGAUUUCAGACACUUUUGAUAAUGCUUUGGUUUGUUUCUUUUUUUCCUUUCUUUUCUCCACAAGUGUAUAUUGUGUACUUUGCAUAUUUAUUAAGUAAAUGUAAUUUGAUUCACAAAUGUUAUAUUUUUUAUUACUUUCAGUUUUAAAUUGUGGAGCGUGUUCUGCUUUGUGUCAUUGUAGUUGGCCUGUUUUACUACAGCUCUGUUGUGAGACUGUGCCAGUGUCAUUUAAUAGUCCAUUUUAUCUACACAAAGACAGGCAGACCCUCCUCUGUGAAGACAUUCAACAUCCCAAAAUUAGCCUCGGACCCAAUGCCACUACUUUUUGUCUGGUGGUUUAACUGCAAGUUGAAGUUGAAAGCGAUCACUGUUACUGAUUAUUCAUGUUUAGAUGCCAAUCUGUAUAGAAUAUGUCUUUUUGGUGAUUUUAACUACUGCUUCACUGAUCUCUGCUCAAACAUGCUGUUUAUUAAACCCCCCUUACUGUAACCUAAAUAGCUGUAAAAAAUAAAAUUAAAAAACCAUCUGCACAAUGGCAAAUGCAGCUGUUAGGCCUAAGGGACUUUAAGGAUUUAUAUGGAAAGCAGGAGUUUUGUUUUUUUAUUUUUGUUUUGUUUGGUCACCUAAAGACUUGUGCCAGAGAUAACUGGAUGUAAGAUGAUCCACAGAAGGGGCUGCCUGCUUUGUUACCAGAUAUAAACCUUUAAGUUACAUAUAUAUGGAAAAAGAAGAAAUGCUAUUUUCGAAGCUUAAAAUGUGUUCAAAUCUAAUUUUGCCUGUCUAAAUUAAAAGUAAAAAGAAUGGAUUGUAUUUUUAAUGCAACCUUUUUCCAGCCACUUUUUAAAAAAAUCAAAAUGUUGAAAAAAAAAAAGAAAAGAAAAAAAAAAGCACGAGAGGCUUUGUGGUUGCGGACCCUGUCUGUGAGGGGUGGAGGUGGGCACAGCAGAAGUUCUGCGUUACACAGCAGGGACAUCUUGCCACCUCCAGCCUUUUGGGUCUCCAGCUUCAACACUCUAAACCUCCAAGCUGAAUGUACCUCUUUGAAAAAAUUAUAUUAAAAACCAGAUGUUGUUCUUUAAUAAAGCAGAAUGUUUUGAAGAUA